AGAAAAUGUUUUGCCAGAAAGCUCCCCCACUCCUAUCCCACCUGUCAGCUUGGUGAAUAAUUAGCUGUCACGGCAUUUGUCGUUCUAGUACAUUCUUCUCUCAUUCUUUCGGUGAUCUGUGUCUUCCUCAAUCCAUCACGGUUCAUGGCUUCUUCUAGCUCCGGCAAUUCAAUACCUGCCCCUGAGGCAGUUCAAGUUCUUGUCUCUUCGCUAGCAGAUGAGUCUCCCAUGGUCAGAGAAGCCUCUACGGCUGCUCUCAAGGCGAUAGCUUCUCUGAACCCACUUCUGGUUCUUGAUUGUUGCUCCACUGUAUCGCGUGGCGGCAGGAGGAGAUUCGGGAAUAUAGCCGGUUUAUUUCAAGUAAUGUCAGAGGCAAUUCGUGCUUUGGAUAAGGAUGAUGUUGACCCUCCAUACAUGGCAAAGCUAGCUAAGAUUGCCACUGCUGAGAUCAUCUCAACCAAGGAAUUUGACGCUGAUUGGCAGAGGGCUGCUGCUGGUGUAUUUGUUGCAAUAGGUUCACAUCUGCCUGAUCUAAUGAUGGAAGAAAUAUUUCUUCAUCUCUCUGGGUCAAAUUCAGCUCUUCCAGCCAUGGUCCAAAUACUUGCAGAUUUUGCUUCAUCAGAUGUUUUUCAGUUCACUCCACGGCUUAAAGGAGUUCUUAAACGAGUUCUUCCCAUCCUUGGGAAUGUAAAAGAAAUGCACCGGCCAAUCUUUGCCAAUGCAUUCAAGUGCUGGUGUCAGGCCUGUUGGCAAUAUGGGAAUGAGAACCCUUUGUUUAUGGUUCUUGAUGGUGAUGUCAUGUCUUUUCUUAAUUCUGCAUUUGAACUUUUGUUAAGAGUUUGGGCAACUUCACGGGAUCUCAAGGUCCGCACAUCAUCUGUUGAGGCACUGGGCCAGAUGGUUGGUCUUAUAACCAGAACGCAACUGAAGACGGCAUUACCAAGACUUGUCUCCACUAUUUUGGAACUAUAUAAGAAAGAUCAAGAUGUUUCCUUUGUGGCAACAUGUAGUCUCCACCAUCUAUUGAAUGCCUCAUUAUUGUCAGAAAGUGGUCCCCCUUUGCUUGAUUUUGAGGAUCUCACUGUCAUAUUAUCAACACUUCUUCCAGUUAUUUACAUCCCUAAUGAAAGCAAAGAGCAUUCACAUUUCUCAGUGGGACUGAAGACCUAUAACGAAGUUCAGCAUUGUUUUCUGACAGUGGGUUUAGUGUACCCUGAGGAUUUAUUUGCGUUCCUUCUCAAUAAAUGCAGGUUGAAAGAAGACCCACUCACUUUUGGUGCACUGUCUGUCUUAAAACAUCUUUUGCCGAGAUUGUCUGAAGCUUGGCACAGUAAAAGGCCCAUGUUAAUUGAAGCUGUGAAGAUGUUAUUAGAUGAACGCAAUUUGGCGGUUCGCAAGGCACUUGCAGAGUUAAUCGUCGUUAUGGCUUCCCACUGUUACUUGGUUGGUCCACCAGGAGAAUUAUUUGUGGAAUAUUUAGUACGUCACUGUGCACUGUCGGAUCUGAAGAGGGAUGUUGUUGAAGGUUCCAAGGACUAUUUUGGGUCAACCAGCUCUUACCAUCCUUAUUCUUACAAGAAAGUGGAGACAAAGAUUGGAACAAUAUGUCCAUCAGAUUUACAAGUAAUUUGUGAAAAGGGUCUUCUUUUAAUAACUGUUACCAUUCCUGAAAGGGAGGUUUGCAGAUGCAUCUCUGAAUUGUGCAGACAUAGAUCUUUGCAGAUUAAUACACUGCUUUCAGACUGUAAAGCUCGUGCUGAUAUUCCAAAACCAGAGGAACUUUUUGCCCGUCUUGUGGUGCUUCUACACAAUCCUCUGGCGAGGGAGCAGUUGGCUACUCAGAUUCUAGCUGUCUUGUUUUAUUUAUCACCUCUCUUUCACAAGAAUAUUACCUUAUUUUGGCAAGAUGAGAUUCCAAAAAUGAAAGCAUAUGUGAGUGAUCCGGAAGAUCUUAAGCAAGAUCCAUCUUAUCAGGAGACCUGGGAUGAUAUGAUUAUUAAUUUUCUGGCAGAAUCUUUGGAUGUGAUUCAAGAUGAUGAUUGGGUGUUCUCUCUGGGAAAUUCUUUUGCUGAACAAUAUGAACUCUAUGCAUCUGACGAUGAGCACUCUGCAUUGCUUCACCGGUGUCUUGGUAUUUUGCUACAGAAAGUGCAUGACAGAAGUUAUGUUCGUGCUAAGAUUGACUUAAUGUACAGGAAAGCUGACAUUGACUUUCCAGUUAAUAGGCUUGGUUUGGCAAAAGCAAUGGGAUUGGUUGCUGCAUCCCACUUGGACACUGUCUUGGAUAAGCUAAAACAUAUUCUUGAUAAUGUUGGUCAUAGUAUCUUCCAAAGAAUACUGUCUUUUUUCUCGGAUAGAACCAAAAUGGAAGAAUCGGACGAUAUCCAUGCUGCUUUAGCUCUUAUGUAUGGUUAUGCUGCAAAAUAUGCUCCAUCAACAGUUAUUGAAGCGCGAAUAGAUGCACUCGUGGGCACUAAUAUGCUUUCUCGUCUUCUUCAUGUACGCCACCCUACAGCGAAGCGGGCAGUUAUCACUGCCAUCGAUUUAUUAGGUCAGUCUGUCAUUGGUGCUGCAGAAAGUGGUAUAUCGUUCCCAUUGAAAAGGAGAGAUCAAUUACUGGACUACAUAUUGACAUUAAUGGGUCGAGAUGAUGAAGAUGCAUUUUCUGAAUCUAAUCUUGAGCUCCUGCACACUCAGUCUAUUGCUUUAAGAGCUUGCACUACUUUAGUUUCUGUGGAGCCAAAACUGACAAAUGAAACAAGAAAUCUGGUUCUGAAGGCCACAUUAGGUUUCUUUGGUCUACCAAAUGAUCCUCCUGAGGUUGUCAAUCGACUUAUUGACAAUCUAAUUGCUCUGUUAUGUGCAAUUCUGGUUAUGAGUGGAGAGGAUGGACGAAGUCGCACAGAACAGUUACUAAAUAUCUUGAGACAGAUCGAUUUAUAUGUUUCCUCAUCAGUUGAAUAUCAGAGGAAAAGAGGUUGUCUUGCAGCUCAUGAGAUGCUUCUCAAGUUUCGUANAAUUUGUGUCAGUGGAUUCUGUGCACUUGGUUGCCAGGGAAGUUGCACACACAGCAAGCAAUUUCACGGUGCUCUGAAUCGCAAUAUUUCAAAUUUACCAACUGCAUUUCUAUCACCAAGUCGCGAUGCUUUGUGUUUAGGUGAGAGGAUUAUGGUAUACCUUCCACGCUGUGCUGACACAAAUCCAGAAGUUAGAAAAGUCUCUGCUCAGAUUCUUGAUCUUUUUUUCAGCAUAUCUCUAUCACUACCAAGGCCUGUAAACACUAUUGUUGGACUUGAUAUAGAAUUGUGUUAUAGUGCUUUGUCCUCCCUUGAGGAUGUCAUUGCUAUCUUAAAAAGUGAUGCCUCAAUUGAUCCGUCAGAAGUAUUCAACAGGGUUGUUUCAUCUGUUUGUACAUUAUUUACUAAGGAUGAGCUUGUUGCUGCUCUACAUGUUUGCUCAGGAGCUAUAUGCGACAAAAUCAAACAAUCUGCAGAAGGAGCAAUUCAGGCUGUGAUUGAGUUUGUUACGGAUAGGGGGAAGGAGCUGAACGAGUCUGAUAUUUCAAGGACGACACAAUCUUUGCUUUCUGCUGCAGUUCAUGUGACUGAGAAGUACUUGCGUCAGGAAACUCUUAGUGCUAUCUGUUCUCUGGCUGAGAACACCAGCUCAAUAAUUGUUUUCAAUGAAGUAUUAGCUGCUGCUGGAAGAGAUAUAGCCACCAAAGAUGUAUCCAGACUACGUGGUGGCUGGCCAAUACAGGAAGCCUUCUAUGCAUUCUCCCAGCAUGCAGUUCUUUCAUAUUCAUUCCUGGAGCAUGUAACUUCUGUUCUGAAUCGGACACCUACCCUUAGACGUGAAUCUGGAAAAGGAGAAAAUAACAGCAAUUAUGUUGCAAGUCACGUAAAAGAUGAUGUUUGCCAGGCAGCUGUUAUAGCUCUCACUGCAUUCUUCAGAGGUGGUGGUAAAGUUGGAAAAAAAGCAGUAGAACAAAGUUAUGCUUCUGUCCUCGCAACACUUGUGCUUCACUUGGGAAGUAGUCAUGGUUUAGCUAAUUCUGGCCAACAGGAACCUCUGCGUGUGCUACUGGUUGCAUUUACCGCCUUUUGCGAAUGUGUGGGUGAUUUAGAGAUGGGAAAGAUUCUGGCUAGAGAUGGAGAAAAUAAUGAUGACGAGAAGUGGAUUGGUGUGAUUGGGGACCUGGCGGGCUGCAUUUCCAUUAAACGACCAAAAGAGGUCCCAACGGUAUGUUUAAUUUUGAGCAGAUCAUUGGAUCAGUCCCUAAUAUUUCAAAGGGAAGCUGCUGCUGCUGCAUUAUCGGAAUUCGUACGCUUUAGUGUUGGUUUUGGCUCUGUAUUGGAGCAGAUGGUUGAGGGACUGUGUCGGCAUGUUUCAGAUGAAUCUCCAACUGUUAGGCGCCUUUGUUUGAGAGGACUUGUGCAGAUGCCAUCUAUCCAUAUUCUUCAAUACACCGCUCAGAUUCUGAGUGUUAUAUUAGCUUUGCUUGAUGAUUCAGAUGAAUCAGUUCAACUUACUGCAGUGCAAUGUUUGAUAAUGGUUCUUGAGGCAUCAUCCAAUGAUGCUGUUGAACCCAUUCUGCUUAACCUUUCUGUCCGGCUUCGAAAUCUUCAAAUAUGCACAAAUGCAAAAAUUCGAGCCAAUGCAUUUGCAGCAUUUGGAGCCCUAAGCAGAUACGGUUUUGGGGAACAACAUGAUGCAUUUCUUGAGCAGGUGCAUUCUACCUUGCCGCGUUUGGUUUUGCAUCUUCAUGAUGAUGAUCUUGGCAUCCGACAGGCUUGCCGGAACACUUUUAAAAGCAUUGCUCCAUUGGUGGACGCUGAUGGUAUGGUUGCACUUGUCAACACGCAUUGGUUUAGUUCUGACCACCGAGGUGACUAUGAAGACUUGCUUAGAGAGAUCGCAAGGCAAUUUACUCAACAUAUGGCUUCCAGGGUUGAUACCUAUAUGGAGUCAAUAAUACAGGCUUUUGAUGCGCCUUGGCCAGUUAUUCAGGCAAAUGCGGUUUAUUUAUGUAGCAGUAUGCUUGCUGUAUCAGAGGAUCAGCACAUCUCAGCUCUUUACUACAGUCAGGUGUUUGGAAUGUUGGUUGGGAAGAUGAGCCGGUCAACAGAUGCUAUUGUUAGAGCAACUUGCUCUUCGGCCCUUGGUUUGUUACUAAAAUCUGCCAAUUCAAUCUCAUGGAAAGUUGCUCGGCUUGACCCAGCGGACGCAAUUCAGCAAGGUCGUGAAUCAGAUUCUAAGAGGAGGUCAUGACAAGCACCUGAAAAAUGAACUGUUGGAGAGCUGAACCUGUUAAAUUCGGCUACACAAAUGAGAUUGAUCUCGUUGAUUCUACCAGGAUGGGGUUGGUGUGCUCAAGAACUUGGGUGUUCAAGUAUGUAAAAGCUUCCAAGAAAUUGUCCGUUUGUGUAUAUGCCUCUGAGUGAUUGUAAUUUUGAAUAUAGUGUGUUUGGGAGCAUGUAAAUUAGCUUAGUAGAGUCCUAUGCUGCUGGUUAUUAUUAUUAUUAUUAUUAUUAUUAUUAUUAUUAUUAUUAUUAUUAUUAUUAUUAUUAUUAUUAUGUUUUUGGUUAUUUUGUAGAAGCUUAGGAUUCAUCAGUAUUUAUGUUAUUUGAUACAGUUCAUAUUAGUACACUUCAUGGUAAGCAAACUUGCUAUUCGAAGAUCAUUGUGAGAUCAGAUCGUACGAGAUAUUAAACUAUUUGA